AUGGGUGGGCAACCAAGAUAUCCGUACCCGAAAGAAGUCUGGUCUCCUGCUGGUGGCUGGUGGGUUCGACCGUCGAACUGGAAAUCAAAUACCGCUGUCGCUUUUGGAGGAAUUCUGGCCUUGACCUAUGCGACAUGGAACGUUAGCGCUGACCAUGAGCAUCGUUCCGUGCAACCGUCGAAACCAAUUCCCUCAAUGAAGUGGGCUAAGCAGUACGCAAAGGACGCAUAG